GCGUUCUUCGUGUUGGUUGCAUCUGUUACUGCGAUCCGCUCGUAUCACUUCGUUUGAAUAUGGUAUCGGACAAUUUUCGAUGAGAAAACAAAUGGCACUUGAAAUUGUGUCUAGUGUCUUUAACCAACAGUUGUUAUCAGCAUCUUGGCAACACAUUUUCCUCUGGGCUUUUCUACCGUCCGAAAUAAGAUAUUACCGAAGGCAUGCAUUAAGUAAAUCCCUUCGGACCACCAAAGAUCUUCUGGUUCUCGCAGCGAAAUGUUUUCUCAACAUAUUACUGAUAGUUUUAGUUAUAUGCAAUGAAGGCCGUCCCGCGUCACCUGUCCCGAUGCGUAUCGUAGAGUCAUUAUCAUAUUUCGUCACACUGAUGCUGCUUCAACUGGGGACUCGGUACAAUGUGCGUGAUCAAACAUUUUUGCUUCUCUUCUGGAUGCUUGAUUUGCUGAUCAACAGUAUUCGUGUUGUCGAAAGACUAUUGCCCAGAAAUUUUUAUUUUAUAGGAAUAUUGCUUACGUUGCUAGUUUUAUUAUGGUACACAAAUUUGGACAACCACCUACAAGGUACACCGACAAUCUCUCCGAAUCUGAUUCGAUCGAUUAGCUUCAGUUGGUUUGGCACUGUAAACCGGAAAAUUCAUCAAUCCAAAUUCGAUGAGUUGGGUGAAUUGGAGUCGCAGCUGAGAAGUGGUUAUUUGAUAAAGUACUUCCGAACGGGAACUGCACCACAAGGACAGUAUGAGGCUGUUUCCUUGAAGGAUGCUGCAUUUUAUCCACAGAUGACCAUGUGGCGGUUGUUGAAACCUUUUGGCAGAGACUUACUGUGGAGUGGUUUAAACCGAUUAACUUUGACGGUUCUGUUCUUUGUUUGUCCGGUCUUACUAAGGCAGAUCCUGCGCAAUGAUUAUCAGAACACCCCAUCAGAAAAUCAUGUCUAUGUCAUCUGCAUCUUUAUCGUAUCGCUGGUAAUCGCUGCCCUGAACGGACAAUACAUGUACGAAACACAAAGGAUCGGACUCAAGAUCAAAUCCCUGCUGUUGGUUAUGAUAUACGAAAAGUCUCUGAAAAUGAGGUCUUCCAGCAAUUCGGAUGUAACCCUGCUGACUUUGGAUUCGUCCCGCUUCGUGGAUCUCCUACCGAAUCUCCACCUGCUCUGGUCCGGUCCGAUCAUCAUCACCAUAUCAGUAGCAGGAUUAUUGGUUGUUUUAGGAAAAUCAGCGUUGAUUGGGGUCUUUGUAAUGAUCCUCACCAUUACUCUUACGAAAAAGAUUACCGACAAACUUCGUCUACUUCAAAAAGAUCUAAUGGAUCGAAAGGAUCCGCGGAUCGCCAGUACGAACGAGGCAAUCGGAAUGAUGAAACAGAUCAAGUACGCCUGUUGGGAAGGAAUCUUCCAGCAACGGAUCCUGCAGUAUCGUCAACGGGAGAUUCAGAUGUUACGCUGGAUUGUCUACUGGGAUGCUCCGAAAUACUUGCUGGGAGUCAUUUCACCGUUUCUUGUUUCACUAGCUACGUUCGGAUUGAUGAUCGCGAUCGGGGAUGCACCUUUGUUGAUGCUGGAUUCGGUGUUCGUGUCGAUUGUCCUGUUCAACAUCCUGAAGUACCCGCUGUCCAUGCUACCGGUUCUCUCGACAACUUGGACAGCAACGCAAGCUUCUGUUGAUCGAAUAAACAGAUUUCUACAUGCAGAAGAAAUUCGGCAACCGCUUGAUCAGAAGAAUAAGCGAGGGUUGACGAACCUGUUGGAAACGAUUGAGCAUGUUUUAGGUGUCUGCCGAAAGGCGCUGGACACUCCAGUUGUUUCAACUCAUAAAGCAAGUUUUAGUUCUGAAGGGAAACAGCUUCUCCAUGCAGUAGAUCUUCAAGUGUCGGAAGGAUCUUUUACGAUAAUAACCGGACCUGUUGGAUCCGGGAAAUCUUCUCUGUUGACAGCGAUGCUUGGUGAACUAGAACUAGUUGGCGGAACGUUCGGAAGUACAGUUGGACAAAUUGGAUACGUGUCUCAAGAACCAUGGAUUCUUCACCGCACGUUGCUGGAAAAUAUCGUUUUUGGAGAGGUCUUUGAUCAGGAGCUGUUUGACAAAGUGAUUCAAUUUUGUGGACUGGGUCCAGAUUUGGAGAUGCUUCCGAAUGGUCCCAAAACAUUAAUAGGAGAGAAAGGUGUAACCGUUUCCGGUGGACAGAAGCAGCGAAUCGCUUUGGCAAGAGCCGUCUACCAAAAAGCUGAACUCUAUCUAUUCGAUGAUCCGCUUAGUUCGGUCGAUGAAGAAGUUUCACAAUACAUCUAUGGUAAGCUGCUUGCAAAAGGCGGCCUGUUAGAAGGGAAGACAGUAGUGAUGGUGACUCAGAACCAAGAGCACUUUGGCAAUGCUGAUUCAGUAUUAGUGAUGGAAAACGGUGCAAUCACUGGACGAUACACUUAUGAGGCUUAUCGAGAAAAAUAUCCAAGAGAACACCUGGCGAAUAAAAAUGAAAUUGUCGAUGCUGACCUGAAGGUUAACAGUUUAAGUGAAGAUCAUCCAGUUGCAGAGAAACGAUCCAAUCUCUCGAAAUCCGGAAAAGUUUCUUACAAGACAUACUCAAAAUAUCUCGGGAUGCUAGGGUGGUUUCACACUGUGGUAAUCGUUGCGUUAAAUAUAGCCUUUUCUGUCUGCGAUAUAUUUUCAACGAUUUGGCUCUCGCAAUGGACCCUUAUCGACCACAAAACUUCGAUUUCCGAGGACGCAUUUUACUUGAUAAUCUACAGUCUACUCAUACUGGGACUCGCCAUUUUCUUGCUACUCAGCAGUACCCUAACAACCGUAAGAGGCACAGCGGUAGCCGAACAACUUCACAGCAAACUCCUGCACAAUACGAUCCACCUACCGAUGACAUUCUUCGACAAAGUCAGCUCCGGUCAAAUAAUGAAUCGUUUCUCAACCGAUCUCGACGUAGUCGAUUGCCAAAUUUCCCUGAACAUCCGUGACUUCUUCACAAGCUCAUCAAGCGUUAUCUCCAUUCUGGUCCUUUUCUGUUUCAAUACCAGUUACUAUCUGGUGAUCAUCCUCGCUGUGAUCGUCGCCAUCUACUACUACCUCUUGGUGUAUCACUUGGAAACAUCCCGACAGCUGAAGCACCUGGAAGCCGACAGUAUAUCUCCACUGAUCCUACAUUUCAACGAAUCUCGCGAGGGCCGUUCGACAAUUCGAGCCUACCGGCAGGAAGAUUGGUUCCUCAGCGAUUUUAUGACGAUCGUAGAUCGUCACCAACACUAUUCCAACCUGUAUCUGGCAUCUAGUCGCUGGCUUGGUGUCCGGUUGGAAAUUAUCGGUUCCGUUGUGAUCUACUUUGUGACGAUGUUAGCUGUUCAGAACCAGGCUACGACCGGAGCUUCCAAUGUGGGAGUAAGUAUCAGUUACGCUCUUCGGUUGAUCCCGCUGUUGAACGCUCUGGUCCGAGUGUCUGCUUUGCUCGAGGAGAAUGCCACUUCGCUGGAGAGGAUCGAUCAGUACCUGGAAGAGAGAAAUGAGUUGAAACUGGCUGAGGAUCAUCAGCAGGUGGUUGGUAAAAGUUGGCCAGACCACGGAAGGAUCGAGUUUGUGAACUUCAGUAUGGACUACAGUGAGAGAAAUCCCGCACUUCAGGAAGUUUCGAUGGUCAUCCACCAGAAGGAGAAAAUCGGCAUAGUUGGACGAACAGGAGCCGGUAAAUCCAGUUUGGUCAGUGCGUUAUUUCGAUUGUAUCCAACGCAGACCACGGGUGUAAUCUUAAUCGACGGUGUGAACAUCGAUCGUGUAGCACUGAGCAGACUCCGGAGAAGUUUAAGUAUUAUUCCACAAAAUCCUCUACUAUUCGCUGGAACGGUAAGGGAAAAUCUCGAUCCAAACGGAAUCCAAACAGAUGAUUCCGAGUUGUGGCAUGCACUGGAUCGCUGCUAUCUAAAGCAGUUGAUCGCGAAGCUUCCUGAACAACUUGAUACCGCGAUCGACGAAUGUAAUUCAAAAUUGUCUGUUGGCGAGAAACAACUGCUCUGUUUGGCAAGAGGAAUCCUACAAAAGUCGAAAAUUGUGAUACUUGACGAGGCAACUUCCAACAUGGACCUGGAGACGGAGAGUACGGUACAGAAGGUGAUACAAAGUACAUUCCAAAAUUGUACCGUUUUGACGAUCGCACAUCGAAUGAAUACCAUCGAGUUGGUGGAUAGGGUGCUACACAUGCGAAAUGGUCGGGUUGUUAAAUUGGACACACCACAAAAUUUUAACGAUGUAGAUUUGGUGGAACUGUGAAACUUAAAUAUAUUUUAUAAUUCGACCGAAACAAA